AUGCCAGAAAUGUUGCACAGCGCGCUUUUGAAGAGGAAAGGGCUAGCCAUAGCCGCUCCGUUAGAUCGGGUCCUGUUGGAGCGUGGUGGUUCGAUGCGUGGUUGUGCCUCAUUUGCUGGACGAGAAUUUAUAAUUUUAACAAUUAUGAAAUAUGUGAAUGAUCUUUGGCACUCAACGACCACCAAUCGACCACCCUUGAACGACUCUAAGGAAAUGGCACCACCUACUCAUGCGAAUUUGAUGCGCAAUUUACUACGAGCGGUACAAGAGUUGAGCAGGCAAAGUCAAGCACCUCCACCACAAAAUGCACCGCCACAGCAGAAUGCACCGCAUUUUGCCGCCGGAGCUGUCUCAGUGGUUGAGCAGUUUCGUAGGUACAAGCCUUCCACUUUCGACGGUAAUUCUGAACCACUAGUUGUCGAAGAGUGGAUAAGAGGCCUGGAGCACAUAUUUCGACACAUUGCUUGUAUGGAUGCACAGAAAGUAUUAUGUGCAGAAUUUAUGUUGAUUGGAGCAGCUGGUCACUGGUGGGAAUCUAUUUCACGUACAAGGACGGAAGAGCAGCAACGUAAUCUGAAUUGGGAGCAGUUUAAAGAUGAAGUGAUGGCAAAAUAUUUCCCACAGGCUUUGAGAGACUUCAAGGAAUCAGAAUUUUUGCAGCUCAGACAAGGGAGUAUGUCACUUACUGAUUAUGAAAGACAGUUUGAGCAGCUCUCAAGGUAUGCCACACACUUGGUGGAUGCAGAAGUUAAGAAGAUUAGGAGGUUCGAGAAUGGACUGCGCCCUGAGAUCGGCAUGAUCAUUAUGUCCCAUCGUUUCACCUCAUAUCGUGAAAUGUUGGAGAGGACUCAUGCUAUUUCAUAUCAGAGGACCUCAUUUGAACAGUAUGCCCAGCAGAGCAAAGAGUCAUCGGGAAAAAGAAAGUGGAAUGAUCCAAACAAGGACAGACGUAAUUGGCAGAGUAAAAGGCCAAACACAGGAGUUCGUAUUGGUGGAGCGAGUGGGAAUAUUACACCGUGUCCUAAGUGUAAUAAACUCCACAGGGGUGAAUGCUUACUCGGGAAGAACAUGUGUUUUCGAUGUGGUAAGCCAGGGCACAUUGCUCUCAACUGUACAGAGCCACCAAAAAGGAAGGAUGAUGAUCAGGACAAGAACAAGAAAGGAAAGGCCCGAGUUUUCGCACUAAAUCAGCAUGAGGCGGAGCAGGAUCCGAAUGUGAUAGCAGGUAUUCUGUUAUUAUCUGAUGUACCCGCUUACAUACUUUUUGAUUCUGGGGCUACCAAUUCUUUUAUCUCUACAUCCUUCGUCGCUAGGUCAAACCUUGCAUGUGUGAAAACGAAUUAUGAAUUAGAGGUUAGCAUCCCUUCAGGAAGAACUCUUUGUACAAAUCUGAUGACUAAGGCUAUGAAGUUAGAGAUUGAUGGGAAAAUAUUACAAGCAGACUUAUACCUUUUGGAGAUGAAAGAUUUCGAUGUUAUUUUGGGCAUGGAUUGGUUGGGACUUAAUCAUGCGACCAUUCGAUGUCAUGAGAAAGAAGUAUUGUUUCACAAACCGGGAGAGGAAGAGUUUCGUUUCUUAGGAGCAAAGUUCAAGUCUUUACCGCGCCUAACAUCAGCUAUACAAGCAGAAAAGAUGUUAAGGAAGGAGCCAUGCCAGGGAUUCUUAGUUAACAUCAAUAGUUCUCAACAUACAGAAAUGACUGUUAACGAUAUUAACAUCGUCCGAGACUUUGCAGAUUUUCUAAGGCCCCGUACCGAAUGGCACCGAAAGAACUACAAGAAUUGA